AUGUCAUCGUCGUCUGUAUCUGAUGAAAUUCUCAAAUUUGCUAUACAAUACUCGACUUAUACUGGUUGUAUUAUAUUUAGUUUUGGAGUUAUCGGAGGUUUUCUACCUGUUGUGAUUGCAUCAACAUUUAGUAUGUUAGCUUAUCAUAAUGUUCGUCAUAUAGUUCGACGACAGCUACCAAUUGUUCGUCGUAAACUAGACAAACAAAUAACGGCAAUGGUUCUGAUGCGUGUAAUUGCCUUCGUUUGUUUGGUAUCACCUUACAAUGCUUAUCGUAUCUAUUCCAUUAAUUUUCCUACAUCACGAAGCGUGCCUAUGGCAUAUGCAGUUGGUCGAUUGAUUCAAGCAAUUUUUACUUCUAUCUACAUUAUAAAUUAUAUAAUCAGCUUUUAUGUUUUUAUAAUAUUCUCAUCACGUUUUCGUCGUCAAGUAAAAUUUGUGUUAGUAAAAAGAGGUUGGCAACGAUGGAAAUAUUGGUGUUGCUCCAUAAAUAAUCAAAUUGAACCUGACGGCAAUUUAGAAACGCGCGAGACACAGAUAGACUCCGAAGAAAACAUUUAA